UCAGCCAGACUUCCCGGCCAAACGCGGGAGGAGAGAUGCCCUGGACUGUCUUGCUUUUUGCAGCUGGCUCCUUGGCGAUCCCGGCGCCGUCCAUCCUGCUGGUGCGCCCACACCCCAGCAGCCAAGAAGACCCCAUCUACAUCCAGUGCGAGGCCCCCUCGGGCUACCCAGGGGCCAAUUUCACGUUGUAUCAAGGGGAGCGUAAGGUCCAGCUCCUGCAGGCCCCCGCGGACCAGCUCAGGGUCACCUUCAACGUGAGUGACGGUGGCAAGGAAGCUCACGGGGGAAUAUUCCGCUGCCAGUAUGGCGUGCUGGGUGAAGAUAUGCGGCCCCAGCUGUCGGAAACGAGCGAGACCUUGCACGUCUCCCCAGCGUCCUCUAGGAUCCUGGUGCUCUCCUUGAGCCUGGUGGGAGCCCUCCUCCUCCUCGCUGGGCUGGUGACCACUGCCGUGGUGGUCCGGAAAGUUAAAGCCAAAAAUUUGCAGAAGAAAAGAGAGCGAGAAUCCUGCUGGGCCCACAUUAACUUCCCCACCACAGACAUGUCCUUCGAUAACUCCCUGUUCACCAUGUCGUCGAAAAUGACUUUGGAAGGAGACACGGCCACCACGGAUGCUCACUCAGGCUCCGCUGUGACACCUGGCAGUUCCGAGUCCCGGAAGAGGCCCACCUGCACACCAUCCUCGCCUGAGCCCCCCGAAUUCAGCACUUUCCGGGUCUCCCCGUGAGGCCGAGGAUCGGGGGCCCCUCUCUCUGUGUCCGUGCGCCCCCCAUUCAGCCCUCUCCCUUGAGCUGGCCGGGUGCGUGGGGCCAGAGGUCCCUCCAGCUACUUCGGGGGCCUGGCUGUCUCUCUCUCAGGGAAUUGAACAGAGGAGACGAAGGGGGCCCCUGGCCUUGGCACCUACCUCACAGAGGAGCAGGAGUGGGAGAGGGGGCGCGGGCAUUGGCCUGGAGGCUGGAUGGAAAGCAGGAAGCUUCCUUUUGGAUUCCCAGCUUCUCAGACCUCCAGGGAA